UCACUCGCUCCCGUCUAUAAAUACUCUCCUCCUCUCUCUUCCUCUGAAUUCAAGAGGGAGAGGAGAAAAGAGAGGGAGGAAGGGAGAAGCGCUUCUGGUUCCUUUCUCUUUCUUCGUUCCUUCCUUCCUUCUACUAUAUUAGCGGCAUCAGCACCGUCAAAUCGAGAUCAGAUGGCUUGCGCUCCCCGCAGCACUGCUGCUCUCGCCCGCCCUCUCUCCGACGGGAUCGCGGUCUUGAUCAGCAGGAGGGGUUAUGCCGGAGCGGUGGCGGUGACGGGAACGGCGGCGAGCAGAGGGAGGUCGGCGGAGGAGAAGGCGGUGAGGAAGGGGCCUGUGGUCGGUUCGGGUUCAUCUUCCGGCUCUUCGGAUUCGUGGGUUCCGGAUCCGGUCACCGGGUACUACCGGCCAGGGAACCGGCGGGCGGAGGUGGACGCGGCCGAGCUUAGAGAGACGCUUCUCUCGCGCACGUCUCGAGACUAAAUUGGAACAACAAAGAUUUAUGGAUGCUCGCAACUUCCACGGGAAAUAGAAAAGGAAAGGGAAGGAAAGCUCGUCAUGUUAAAGAUAUUUUGUAUCGACUCACUAUAUUUAUAAACAUCAAUAAAAGGUGGAAUUUCAUAUAA